CGUGUCCGCAGCACUGUUCAGUUAGUCUUCUAUUGGAUGUUAAUGGGAUUGAGAAACACAGGAUUAGGUCGUGACAUUUAUAAAGGGAAGUGCUUGCGAACUACUGCCAAAGCCUUCAUACACCCAGGGGUCUAGCAUACUCUAUUUUAUUCCACGGAGGGACCAUGGAUCCCACCAUUUUCCAUUCUAUCCUCCUCCCUUGGUUUUUCUUCCGCCACUCUUCGCCUGGUAGUUUCGAAAUCUCCCUAAGAUGGAAGACGGACAGCCCAUUCUAGGAAGCCUUUACGUCUACGCUCCUAACAAGGUAGCACCAGUCUUCUUCACGGUUGCGUUUGCUCUUUCAGCUGUUGGCCAUAUUGCGCAAUGUCAUCACUACAAAAGCUUCAAGCUGAUCGGACUACAUCCUUUUUGUGCAGUGGUAUUCACUGCCGGCUAUGCUUUGCGUGAAUACGGAGCCUUCAACUACCUGUACAGCAACCAGAACCUACUCAUCUACGUCGUCAGCCAGGUCUUCAUAUACAUAUGCCCUCCACUUCUCGAACUCGCCAACUACCACGUCCUCGGCCGCAUAUUCUACUACGUCCCCUAUAUGGCACCUCUCCCUCCCGGCAGAGUUCUUUCCAUUUUCGGUGCUCUCAUGGCACUUGUCGAGGCCUUGAACGCUUUAGGGGUAGCCUUAGCCGCUAAACCAACGUCGUCGCAGAGUCAGCAAACUCUAGGAAGGAACCUCAUAAUAGCCGCCCUCGCGAUCCAACUCGUCGUUAUCGUCAUCUUCGUCCUCUUGGCGGCGCUCUUCCACCGGCGGUGCGCAAAAGCCAACAUUCAUACGAAGGCUGUCUCGACUCCCCUGAUCACGCUUUAUAUGAGCAUGUCGUUGAUCCUGAUACGCUGCAUCUACCGCCUGGUGGAACACUUGGGCAAUACAACGGUGGACAUCGAUGACCUCGAAGCUCUGAAGGCACUGAGCCCCAUUUUGCGGUAUGAGUGGUUCUUCUAUGUUUUUGAGGCGACCCUUAUGCUCGUCAAUUCUCUCCUGUGGAACGUAUGGAGUCCGGGCCGCUAUCUUCCCAAGGACUACCACAUCUACUUGGCGCGGGAUGGGAGGACCGAAAUCGAAGGCGAAGAACAGUCGGACGAUCGGCCGUUGCUCGCCAAGGCCGGAUCAGUGUUAACGUUUGGCUUUCUUUUUCGCAAUAAGAAAGAGCAUGGCGCGUUUCAGGAGCUCCAUGGUUACCCGGUCGCGGACCAUCAGGCGUAAUACGGCGACGCGUUCUCAGCGAGCCCACCGAAUCGAGGCAUCACUCUGGACCCAUUACCCGAGCAUCUCCUGGUGAUAUUUACUUAGUUGUGCCAACGAUCAGGUGGAAGCCUGCCGGACAUACAGAGCCUGUGGCCAAGAUCGAGCGAGAAUCUAAAUGCUAAUUGACGAUCAUUACGGCGCAUGGGUGGGCCCUGACCUUGUUCCUUUGUUCAUAGAAGAAUCAACACUGUCUAAUAACGCGUUGUACAAUACUUUGUAAUCAUACCUAGGGG